CGGCAGGAGCUGCGCCGCCACACCAGCCAUGACGAGCUGUACACCAUCGCACAGUACUACUUUGACGGGCAGGGCAAGUGCCUCCGACCCAUGCUGUGCCUGCUGUUCAGCCACGCACUCAACUUCCACAUUCACAAGAAGGACAUGCCGCUGCUCGAGUCGCAGAGGCGGGUUGCCAUGAUCUCCGAGAUGGUUCACUCGGCGUCGCUGAUCCACGAUGACGUCAUCGACUGCUCCGACUUCCGGCGCGGCAAGCCUAGCGUCAACGUGCUGUGGAACCACAAGAAGACGGCCGUCGCGGGCAGCCGCCUGCUCAGCUCCGUGCGAUCGCAGCAGCCUGGAUCUCUACCCGAGUACCGCGUCGACCCCUACCAGCUCGUGGACGACGACCUCAAGAACGUGCACUUCGACGUACAGGAGCCUUUAGCUUUGGAGCCCCUCGGUCUGUUCUGGGGAAAAUUGGAAAAUUUGGGAUCACAACAACUGUGCCCUUCUCUGGAAUUUCGUUUGGGUCAAAAGGUUUGGGUUGAUGCCAAAGUGGACUGCGGCCAAAUAGUUGCUAAGCAAGCAAAAAAGAAUAAAUGGAAUAAAAAGACUACAAAAGACUACAAUGACUGUGGCAUCAACCCGAGAUUUUCAAAGUGUCUUACAAAGUUAGGAAAUUGGUAA